AAGACGUCAUUUUACAAACAUCAAGUGGCAUGUACAGUUUGCUUGUAUUUGCUGUGACGGUCACGGGGCCGGCACUGCUACGCAUGACCGGCCAUCCGGGUAGCUUACGCCGUUCAUUCGCCGGUUAAUAUGCCCUCCCGAACGGUACUUCCUCGGUGCGAUAUGGCCUCCGUCUGCCUUCUGUUUACGCUGGUCCUCGUCCCGUUCAGUUUUGCGUUGCCGCAAAUCGGACACGAAUAUCACAACUAUGACCAGUUGACGUCGCUGAUGAAGUCGCUGGCGGACAGCCAUCCGAGCAUGACCCAUCUCUACAGCAUCGGCAAAUCGACGCAAGGUCGAGAACUAUGGGUAAUCGCCAUUUCCGGCAGCAAACCGGACCAGAUCGUCCCAAUGCGGCCUGAUGUCAAAUAUGUUGGCAAUAUGCAUGGCAACGAGGUCGUUGGCCGGGAGCUCUUGCUUCAGUUGAUCGAAUACCUCCUGGUGAAUUACAACACCGACUCUGACGUCAAGCAACUCCUGGAUCACACGAGAGUUCACGUGUUGCCCUCCAUGAACCCAGAUGGAUUUGAGGUGUCCGUGGAAGGCGAUUGCACCGGCGUCCAGGGCAGGUACAAUGACAACGGAAUCGAUCUGAAUCGUAAUUUCCCAGACUAUUUUGAGCCGGACGACGCCCUCGUUUUACAGCCGGAGACCAAGGCGAUCAUCGAUUGGGUGCAGAACUAUCAGUUCGUUCUUUCCGCGAACCUGCAUGGGGGCGCCCUCCUGGCCAACUACCCCUUCGACAACAUGAAGCCAGAGGACAAACCGGGUGACAAUGCAGCCUACAGUAGGAGUCCGGAUGACGCCUUCUUCCGAGUGAUCUCCCUGGCCUACUCCAGGAACCAUCCGAGGAUGCACAAGGUUGAGGAGAACAGAUGCCGCAGUAACGAUAGCAACGACGGGUUCCCGGAUGGGAUCACCAACGGAGGGGAAUGGUAUCUCGUCAAAGGUGGCAUGCAAGAUUACAACUACAUUUUCGCCGGCUGCCCCGAGAUUACUCUGGAAGUCGCGUGCUGUAAAUACCCGCACGCGUCAACGUUAGCGACGCAUUGGGAGGAGAACAGACCGGCCUUGAUGGCUUACCUUCAGCACGCUCACAGAGGGGUGAAAGGCAUUGUCACUGACAAGCACGGGGAGCCACUAGAGGGCGCCUCUGUGUCGAUUGUUGGGCAGGCAAGUCCCCCGAAUCCUCCGUCUACCACUGAGCUUGGCGAGUACUGGAGACUUCUACUUAACGGGACCUACGAGAUAGAGGUGUCGAAGUCCGGUUAUAUUAGCCAAAAGAAAUCUGUCACCGUGAUUGAUAGCGUCAAUCCUGACGAUGUCGUCAUUCUGGACUUUGUGCUCAACGCAGCCACGACCCUGGCUGUGAGUGGGCCUGUCGUUGUCAUGGCAACGCUGGGGAUCCUGGCAACACUCGAGCUGUUUUAAGUCGGAUAUACCAGACCCACGACGAGAUUUCUUUCGUCAGCUGAAAUCAAGUGAUUCAUGUACUACCACGGUGUCAAAUUAACCUUACGAAUGAAUAUACAGGAAAAAAGACAGUACAGUUUUAUACUUUCUACUGUAAAGUUUUAGCCUGUAGGAUUUAAACGCUUAACCAAAUAGGUAGAUAUUAUAAUUUCCAUUUCAGGUAAAUGGAAUUAGCUGCACAUCACCAUGUGAUAUGAAAAACCAAAAAGUUAGUUUAUCAUUGCAAUUCACAUAUAUUUUAUUACUUUUUAAAGCCCGAGUAUUGUUCAUUCCAAUCAGUUUUUAAAUGCUGCAAGAAUUGUAAAAUAUACAGAAAUCAUGUGCUUUUCUAUUGUAAUACAGAACACUGAAGAAAUUCCCGUGUGGUAAUUUCAUUUUAAAAUUUUUGAUCUUUAAUAUUGUAGUAAAAGGAAGAGAUCCUAUCGAGUACCGAAGUGAAUACGUCACGCGCACAAUUAGUGUGUAAAAGGCAUGAGCGCGUGAACCAGCGCGUGAACCAGCG